AUCGAGCUACGAGGGACAAGCAAACCAAUACUAUAUUACGUCGUCCAUCAUUCUCGCAAGAUGCUUGCUUGCUCCAUCGUCUUCUGUUUUCGUAUUAUCAUCUGCUACUCCCUCAGCACAUGAAGUGCGUUUAAACAUUCCUAAGAUGGCAUCACCACUAUUCCUUUCAAUCAUGAAACAGCCAGACAAAUACUCAGACUAUUGUGUUAGCCAACAAGUCCAGGAGGCCCAUUUCAUAUGCUGCAAGUGCGGCACGGCCUCCUCGCUCAGCCCUCAAAGAACGCUCGAUCACGAUGAAAUCUCUUGCUCCAAAUGCAGGAACUUCAUAUGUUUUAAAUGCGAAAUCAAGACGCGUCUCAUCAGACCCACUCAACUCCUACUCCAUCGCACGACGGCCAAGUCUCGGCAAGACACAAGAUGGGGCUUCUUUUGCUGCCAGUGCGGCAGUGUUGAAGAGGUACUGCCCAGCACGCCGUGGCCCCUAAUCGAUCCCACGGAUAAAGAGCUGUACAUUAACUACGAGAAUACGCAAUGCUCCUAUUGCGAACACUUCUGUUAUGACCGCUGUCUCCGGUUCACAGCUGCUCGGGAUCCGUGGACGCACUACGAACACCAGAAGUCUGUAGGGAGCAAGCAACGCAAAGCCAAUUUCCUAUUCCGUGCAGCUGAGACGAGGUCUAAGAUCACCGCGGCAUCCCCAAGUUCACCGCUCGCCGCACCUCCAAUGACUCCCGCACAGCCACAGAGUAACUCUCCAGAGACAUGGAGGCCACAAUGCGGGCGAGACAUUGCGAUUGUUUUUCGGAACAUUUCAUCCAGGUAUCCCGACGAAGACCACAGGACAAAGAAGUUUUUCGCCUCGGUCGGAAGAUGUCCUGUUACCUCAAACAUAUCCGCUUUAGACCUUGAUACAUGGUCGGGUUCAAAACAAGCCGUGUCCAAAGCAUGGGCUUGAGACAACCUGGCGGUGCAAUCUCCAACCCUGGUGGUGAAACAUCACACCGAGGAAGGUUGACCACGAAAGAAAUGCAUCGGCUUAAGGGGCUGAUGUUUCUCCCUACGGGAAGCAUCUAGACCAUAAUCGACCGGCCAGAAGAUAACCAGAGCUUGGUGUUGAGGAUG